AUGGACGAGUCGCUACUUGCUGAAAAUGAUCUUCUACACACCGAAGAGGAUGAUGAAUUACUCUGGAACGAGCUUAAAGAUGAUCGCCAUGCACCUCCAUUCGGUGGUAUGAUUCGAUCAGAUUCAACACGACAUUCGAAUGUCAACACUUCCUCAAAAAAUUCUGCGCUACCAUCUUUGCGUGUUAAUGUGCAUCUUCCUGCUAUCUCGACACUGUUUCGCGAGUUGCUAGACACGGUCAAGACAGCAAUUCCUGGGUCUCAACAUAGAACGAAGAAAUCUUUAUACCAGACUCGUAUUUCGCCCGUACCCGAUCGAUAUGGAAACGUAGCCAAUCUUGAUGCAUUUCUGAUCACACUAUACAAUUACUAUUAUCAUAAGGGGUUUUGGUGCAUUGUGGUCGUGGAAGUCGUAAGUCUUAUGACUGGUCUCUUUAGCGUUGCUCUCUCUAGUUUCUUGCUUGGUUGUGUACAAUGGGGACCACUGCUCGAGUGCCAUCGACACUCUGAAACUGGAGGGUGUGCACAGGAGAUGGAACAUUAUAUAACGUGCAAAGCUGAUAAUAAUGGGAUAUGGGGACUCAUUGGAGCAUUUUACUUUGCGAUGUUUUUCGUCUAUUGGAUUGCACGAGCUUUUCAAUUAAUUCGAACACUUCGAGACACAAAAGAGAUGCAAGAGUUUUAUAAAGAACGUCUACAUAUCGAUGCUCGACAAGUACAAACAAUUACAUGGGAUGAAGUCGUGACGAGAGUGAUGAAUCUCGUAAACGGCGCAAAUAAUCCAAUUCAUAUGCGGCAAUUGUCAUCUUACAAGCUCCAGAUUGAUCCAGCUUUACUGUCGUCACCUCAUGACUUUGCACGACGAAUCAUGCGGCGUGAUAAUUAUUUGAUUGCUUUUAUGAAUCACACUUUAUUUCAAAGCCAAACUUUAUUGCCUUCAUCACUGCAAUUUUUCUCUACAGCACAUAUCAUGUGUUCGAGAAAUUUGGAAGCAAAUCUUAAUAUUUGUCUUUUGGACCAAAUGUUUGAUGCUGAGCAGAAUUUGGCACCGUCAGUCAUUCAUAAUGUCGAAAUGCUUCAAAAACGAUUUGUUGUUGCAGGAGUGCUCAAUCUUGUGCUAGUGCCAUUUAUCUUGUUAUAUCGCUUGUCCCGUUUCUUCUUUUUGGCGGCUCAAGAAUGGCAAAUGAAUCACGUUUAUUAUUUUGGCACUCGACGCUGGUCGACGUAUGCCAUUUGGCGAUUUCGUGAGUACAAUGAACUGCCACAUGUUCUCGAUGCUCGUAUGGCACGCUCGUUUUCGCUCGCGGACCGAUACCUUAGUAUGUUUCCGACUGGCUCACUAGCAAUUAUUGCCGGUGGAGUCUCAUUUUGUGCAAGCUCGUUGAUGGCUGUGCUUCUUCUUGUUAGUCUCUUGGAAGAAUCAGUUUUACUCCAAACAACGCUCUUUGGUCAUGAAUUAUUGUGGUACUUGACCAUUUCCACGGGACUGUUUGCAUUCUCGCGCUCAUUUACGUCCUCAACGUCUCCUUUUUUGAUAAAUGGUAAUUGCGAAGAAGCCAUGAUGCAAGUUGCUGCGGAAACGCAUUAUUUUCCAAAGGAAUGGCGGGGGCAAUGCCACUCAUUUGAGGUGCGGGAUGCAUUCACCGUGCUCUUUCCAUAUAAGGCUGUGCUAUUCGCAGAAGAGUGUGUAUCAGUGUUGUUGGCACCAUAUAUUCUAUGUGUAUCUCUUCCUCGACUUUCUCGCGAGAUUUUACUCUUUCUGCGUACGCAUUCGUUAGUGCAUCCAAGCACUGGAGCUGUCUGUCGAUUUGCUGAAUUUGAUUUUAAAGAAUACGGGAAUGAUGCGAAAAUGGAAAAUUCGUUUCUUAACUUUAAGCAAAAUCAUCCGAAAUGGGUAGGUGCUCGUGAAGGAGAAGCUCUCAUACAACGUCUUGGAAAAUUCAAAGAAGAAGAAAUGGACAAGUCCAUACGGAUGGGGGACACUGUGAUGUACAGCAGCCACUUGUCGAUGUCACAGCAGCUGAUGCAAUCUCAAGCUAUUCAGAACGCAAUGGGAGGCGGUCGACUGGCUGGCUAUAUGCCUCACGACAACGAGUUUUAUUGGUUGGAAAAGGGUCGAUUGGGUGAGCUGGAGUUGGAAGACGUGAAAGAUAAUCCGGCGGACAGUAUCUCUAGUUCAAGUCUUGGCUCUCCGUGA